AUGGUACUCUCCCCGCAACUCCCGCAGUCCACAGAAGGUGACCCUAAAAUGCGGCUUAAAUUCCGCUGCCCCCCCCCCCCGCCGCGCACCGCUGCUGCCUGCCUUCCCUCGGACCAGCCCGGCAGGUCCGUCCCCCGGCGCAAACCUCAAAAUGUGGACUGCCGGGUUAGGGACGAGGUUGGCAGAGCAGGAGCACUUAACACGAGUAAUCAGAGUCCUGUAGGCCACGAGCCUGGCCACCUGCGAGAGAGAAGUUCAUUACUUCGGAAAUGGUACGAUUUAAUGAUGCAAAAUAAGGAUGACCUUGCGAAAAUAAUCACAGCUGAGAGCGGAAAGCCACUGGCAGAAGCACAGGGAGAAAUGGUCUAUUCCGCCCUCUUCCUAGAGUGGUUUUCAGAAGAAGCUCGCCGUGUUUAUGGAGACAUUAUUCCUACCUCCUCAAAGGACAGGCGAGCCCUGGUCCUCAAGCAGCCCCUGGGCGUGGCCUCCAUCAUCACACCGUGGAAUUUCCCCAGUGCCAUGAUCACCAGGAAGGUGGGGGCCGCCCUUGCAGCUGGCUGCACUGUAGUGGUAAAACCUGCUGAAGAUACACCUUUCUCUGCCCUGGCCUUGGCCCAGCUCGCAAACCAAGCAGGAAUCCCUCCUGGUGUCUACAAUGUUGUUCCUUGCUCCCGAGCGAAGGCCAAGGAAGUUGGGGAAGCACUCUGCACUGACCCGCUAGUGUCCAAAAUUUCCUUCACUGGCUCAACAGCAACAGGCAAGAUUCUGUUGCACCAUGCAGCGAACUCUGUGAAAAGGGUCUCCAUGGAGCUAGGGGGCCUUGCCCCAUUCAUCGUCUUUGACAGUGCCAACGUGGACCAGGCUGUCAAGGGGGCCAUGGCAUCUAAAUUUAGAAAUGCUGGACAGACUUGUGUUUGUGCAAACCGGUUCUUAGUGCAACGGGGUAUUCAUGACUCCUUUGUAAAGAAAUUUGCUGAAGCAAUGAAGACAAACCUUCGUGUAGGUAAUGGAUUUGAGGAGGGGACUACUCAAGGCCCAUUAAUUAAUGAGAAAGCAGUGGAAAAGGUAGAGAAACACGUGAGUGACGCUGUUUCUAAAGGGGCGACCAUUGUGACAGGCGGGAAGCGGCACCAGUACGGAAGAAAUUUCUUUGAGCCCACGCUGCUCAGCAAUGUCACCAAGGACAUGCUUUGUUCUCGUGAAGAGACGUUUGGACCUCUGGCACCAGUUAUCAAGUUUGACACAGAGGAAGAGGCCAUUGCAAUUGCCAAUGCAACUGACGUUGGGUUAGCAGGUUACUUUUACUCACAAGAUCCAGCCCAGAUCUGGAGAGUGGCAGAGCAGCUGGAGGUCGGUAUGGUGGGUGUUAACGAAGGCAUGAUUUCCUCAGUGGAGUGCCCUUUCGGAGGAGUAAAGCAGUCUGGCCUGGGGCGAGAGGGUUCCAAGUAUGGCAUCGAUGAGUAUCUGGAAGUCAAGUAUGUGUGUUAUGGAAGCGUGUAGGAGCCCUCGUGUCUUGAAAACUUCACAAGGAAGCUUACCAACACAUAUUGGGACAAGCCAUCCAUCAUUUAAAAAAAAAAGACAAGAAACUAUUAGGUUCUAGGGAGUAGGAACUUGUCAUCAGCUCAGCCAGUCCUUGCCAUCUUAAAGCCUGCCUCCUCCUUCCAUAACUAGGGACCAAUCCAUGCCACACACCCAUGACUGUAGACCCCAGGAGAGCUAACACUGGAUUUACAGAGAAGGCCUGGGACCCUAGCACAACUGUGGCUGCCUCAGAACAGGGUGCAGUGUGAGGCACACAAGACCCCAGGCCCAUCACAAAGGCCUGAUCACUGCCUGGUCAUUCCCUGGCUGGAACUCAGGCCCAGAACACUGGAGAUGAUGGGCCCUCCCUGGCUGUCUGUCGGCUCAGCACCGAAAAUACAUACUACAUAUUGGAGGUGUUGGAACAGAGACUGAGUUCAUUUUCUUUGUUUUAAGGCCUUCGAAACUACACAGAAUUGCCUUUCUGUGCACAAUGAAGGAGCAUAUCUCCUUCUUUCGGGGCUGCUUUUGAAGUUGAAAUCUUCACUGUCCUCAGUUCACCUGCUGAAGCCUCAUUUUGUUUCCUUUAGAUGAGAACAGGCUGUGGGGAAGGCUUGUGAUCUCAGGAGCACCUGCGCUCAGCAGCUUUGUCCCCUGGUUCAUGCAAUUCCACUCUCCCUGCCCACACCUAGUGUAGCAGUGUAGCACGGAGAUUGCAGCUGGGCCUUCCUUGCACACUGUGAGCCUGAGAGACAGUGAGAGAAAGCACUUCCCCAAAGAGUGGAAUUCAAGUAAGUACAAGGGUGGAGGGAUUUUUAUCCUGAGCUCACCGUGCAGCUCCCACCUGAGUGCUAACAGUAGCUCUGCCACAGCAAGGGAGGCCAGGGUCCACUUGCCCACCAGCCAGAGUCUGAGCAAGUUUUUCUGUCUAGCUGUCGUACAUCCUCACUCCCAAACGCACAAACCACUUUCACCACCAUAAUCUCAAACUAAGGAAGAAAACUUGCCAUAAUUGUCUCUUUCUCUAAAAACUUCAACUAGGAAAAUUCUAGACAAGCCUCAUAUCUACGUAAGAGGCCAGUGAUCACACCCCUUCCCUCUCUCCCCUUUCUUCCCCUCCCCUCUGUGGCUUGAGCCACUUCCUAUGGAUUCUCGGGGUGGGGGAGGGAAACUCAAGGGAAGCACUACCAAUUGCAGUUAUUCCUGAACUCCCCCAGUCCUCAGCACCCUUACUGAGCCAAUGACUAUGUAGCAUAGGUAACCCUGUGUACACAGGGUUGUCUCCAAACCUGCACCUACUGGCCAGAACAGCUCAGAGGAGAAGCGAAAGCAGCAAUCUGCCUCCCAGAGACACUGCCCAGGACCUCGGGAGAGUCACCUACACAGCAUGCGGACAGUUCAUUUCUACUCUGUAUCCAUCUCUGAAUUUUUAAGUGGUUUUCCUUGCUAUUCUAAUUGCUUACAAUUUGUGUGUAUCUUUUCUCAAUUAAGAAUAGAAGUGUGCCCGUGUUAUUUUUUAGAAAAAGAAAAUCCUUGCACAGUUUUUUAGUUUUCUUGCAUAUUUAGCUUACUGGGUACAUAAACUGAGGGCCAGAGAUUCAUUAUAAUAUCAAUAGCUGAACUCAAUUUCAUAAUUUAAAUAAUUUAAGGCAGCUGGGAUUGUGAUUCAGUGGUAAGGCCUGGACUUAGCCCCAGCACCUCUGAAAAAAAUUGAAAAUCAAGAUUUAAAAAAAAAAUAGCUUAUUAUUUACUAAAAUGGUUCUGGGUUGUAGGAAAAAAGAAGCGUUUUUAUUUUUAUUAUUUUGUUUUGCAAUGGGAACUUGCUAUGUUUCUCAGGUUGGCUUUGAACUUGUGGGCUCCAGUGAUCCUCCUAUCCUAGCCUCCCAAAAAGCUGGGACUAUAGGCUUGUGCCAUAAAACCAAGCUAAAAGUGUUUUUGAAUGAGCAUUGUUGUUAUUGUUUUAGUAAAGUAACUAUUUACGAUACAUGAGAUUAAACACACAAUAUACAACACACACACAUAUAUGUGAACGCGAAAUAAAAUGGGGGCAAACCAUACCCCACAAGCCAAAUCUGACCUGCCACCUGUUUUUGUAUAACACAUGAGCUAAAAAUAUUUUUUAUAUUUUCAUGUGGGUAGAGGAAAACUAUAAAGAAAAGAAUUGUUUUGUGACAUAUGAAAGUAUGUGAAAUUCAGAUUUCAAUGUCCAUAAAUAAAACUGUAUUGGAAUACA